GCUCAGAACCUCGCCUUCACUCUUACUUUCCUCCUCUCGCUCCUCUUUUUAUUUUCUCCUCGUCUCCUGACGUCUGCGGCGAGUCGUGCUGCUCACAGGACAAACCAGACAGAACGCUUUCUGAGUGAGAGGAGAAGAUGACGUCCCGCCUGGUUUCUCUGGUCGCUCUGCUCUCUCUGUGGUUCUGUGUGUGUCACGCCACUCCUAUGUUCUAUAACAUAUCUAUGGACGGCAGCGGAGACGAACCAGAACUGGAACUUCUUUUUCCCACCACUCGAGCCCCGGUUCACAUCUCUGCUGCUACUGAAGCCCCCAGCUUCACCAACAGCAUCACCACCACCAUGAUCCGCCUGAAGGACUUCGUCCUGACUCGAGUCGUGGAUUUCCUGCAGGAGCACCUGCUCAUCAUCAUCGUGGUCACCUCCCUGCUCAUCGUCAUGGUCUUCAUCAUCUGCUGCGCCUCGGCCAUGAGUCACAAACGCAAACUGGAGGCCUACAAACCCUCUCCUAAUCCCCCCAAGAAGCACACGGCUGAGAAGAAAAACGUGCGCAAGAAUUCAGAGGAUAUCCAGGAGCGGCCGUACGCCGUCGACCAUGUCAAGAGGGUCCACGCUCAGAGCUCCCCGAGGCACUUCCGCCAGCCCUCCAAGGCUCUGGUGGGAGAGAAGGGGAGAGACGUCAGGUCGUCUCCUCGCCAGGAGGUGAGAAAGGUCAGGGACGUGGAGCAGGUAGAGAAGAGGAGGGAGGAGCCGAAGCACAAGGAGCCGCCGAAGCAGCGAGAGGAGAGUCCCAGCAGCUCCAGUCCCCCGGUCUGCACCUGCCACCUGAAGAAGAGCCAUCACUAGUUCAGGCUCAAGGCUGGGGUUGUUUUUAAGAGCUGACAACGUAAGAGGAAGAUCACAGAGGCUGGUUAAACUGCACACUAUGAAAAAUGUGCAACGAGGAUAAAAAUAUCCUUAACAUCUGCAAGCAAGAUAUGGAUUAAUGAGGCGAGAAAACCUCGAUAAGUUACAUUAAAACAAAUAAACAUGAAAAUAUAAACAUCAACCUGCAGCUUUAAGUAAAGAAAAUAUAAAAACAGCAGAAAAGAAGAAAUAUACGGAAGCCCUAAGUGGAUACUGUUUUUUAUGUUUGAGCUUUAAAAAAAAAAGAAGAAUAAAUGGGAAAAAAGUAACAAAAACAAAAUAAAUACAGAACAUUUAGUAUCCACACUUGCAAAAAAAUAGGAUAUUAAAAUGUUUAAAUAUAUAAAACAAUAAGUUUUCUUGUGUUUUGAUGGAGUGAAAUCGUUGUGAAUGCCUGCCGAGACAGAGGAAUCCCCUCAGUACGUCCUGCUGUAUGUUUAGAGAGAGAAACCUGAGAGGAGCCAGUAAACUUUACCUGUUGGACCCGGUCCAAAACAAUCUCUUUAUUUCUACAUUUAUACUUAAUUAUGUUUUUUAAUGUUAUUACAUGUCACCUCUUUUAUUUGACUUUAAUGAUCACAAGGUUUUAUACUGAAGGAUAUUUUAAAACUGUUGUUGUUGUUGUUGGCUAACAUGCCUAAACCAAAGAAACAUUUCUCAAUAAAAUGUAUCUUCUAUUUAUCAGUCUACAUGUUUAGUUGUUUUUUUUCUCAAAAAGUGUAUCCAGCUCUUCGGGUGAAUUGAUCUGUUGCCGUGCUCGGAUGCUUCGUCAGAAGUUUUGAUCUGUGAGUUAAUGAAGCAAGAAUUUCACAUGUUUUAUUUCAUUGUUGUUUUUUGUUUGUGUGUUUGUGUGUGUUGCUGUCUCUCUAAAGUUUACAGUCUUAUUUGAAUAUUUAAAUUCAACCAACCAACUCAUCCGAUUGUCCUUCCAUAGCCGCUGUUAACGUUUCUAGAGAAACAUAUGCAUGCAACUCA